UCAUGGUCAACAAUCUUUACCAUUCUCAUUUCUCUGUUCCUUCCUCUCCCCCCUCUGUUAUAUAACUAUUCUCGUUGCAUCUUUCAGUUCCAUCUGUCUCUGUUUAUCCCGAAACCAAAACUCUCCAAAACAAGCAAGACUCAAUCAUGGAGGUAGCUAUACCAAGCAGACCCACCUUGGAUUUCGACUUCAACAGCGCUCGAUCUUCGCCUUGCAUUACUACUCCUUCAACUCCGAGACGCUUCGGCGACUACAGCUUCUUGAGUGCACCAACCAGUCCAUCUCGAAUGUCCGAGUUUUACAGAGAAUUUGAUGAGUUCUCCACAGUCAGUAGUAACUGGGAAGAAGAAGAUGAGCCUGAACUUGCAGCACCACCCAAAUCACCAAAACCAGACGACUUUGCGUUUGAUGUUAGCGAGGAGGUAGACAGAGUUUCUCUCUCAGCUGAAGAGCUUUUCGAUGGCGGCGUUAUAAGACCUUUAAAGGCUCCUCCACCUCCUCAAUUCUCAACAAAGAAGAUCAAUAUUCGUCAAGCUCUUUCGCCCAGAAGGAGAAAAGAUAGAGAUUCAUAUCCAUUCGCGGCGAACAAUUCGACCGGAAUGGAAACUCCCCAGAAGAGAUCAGCUGUUUCUUCACAGCAACAAAGAGGAAGAGAAAGAGCUCCUCCAACCGUGUCUUCUUCAAGCCGCAGAUCUUCAAGAUCACUAUCUCCUUUGAGGGUUUCAGAGUUUAACUGGGCACAAGAAGAAGAAGAGCUAAAACGACAAGAAGCAGCAGCAGCACAGAACAAGCAAUUAGCUACAAAGGGUUCAUUAAUUUCAUCUGCUACUGCUGCUUUGAAUAGUUGCAAGGCUUCAAGAAAAUGGAGGCUGAAAGAUUUUCUGUUGUUUCGGAGCGCAUCAGAGGGCAGAGCAACAGAUAAAGAUCCAUUCAGAAAGUUCUGGAAUCAGAAAAACGAGCAUGCGAAGACCGCUAGCUCCAGCUUCAGAUCCAUAGACAGCCCGGCCUCUGUUUCUAGUUCAAGAAGAAGAGGACCUUCAGCACAUGAGUUGCAUUACACUGUGAACAAGGCAGUGUCCGAUGAUAUGAAGAAGAAGACCUUCUUGCCUUACAAACAGGGCAUUCUGGGAAGAUUGGCUUUCAAUCCUGCUGUUCAUUCUCUGGCCAAUGGAUUUGGGUCUCUUUCGAGGUCCUGAAUCUUAAGGGUCUUCUAUUUUAUUUGUUAAUUGUUAAAACAGAUUUUGGGUUUUUCUUCUUUUUGUUGUAAAGUCUGUAUUCUUUUAGUAGGUGUAGAGUUCAUACUUGAGAGGAGUGGUGUGCAAUGAAAGACAUAAAAAUCAAAGCUUGGUUGCCCCCAUUACUGCUUAUACACAAAUAUAUUCUUUCUUUGUUUUCA